AGGGGACUGCGGCAGGACCCUGUCAUUCUGUCCCCGGAGCCCCAGCUUCUUCCUCAGAGGUCGGGCAGAAAUGUCUAAUGCAAAAGAAAGAAAACAUGCUAAGAAAAUGAGAAACCAGCCCACCAAUGUGACUUUAUCUUCUGGCUUUGCGGCUGACCAAGGUAUAAAGCACCUUAAUGGAGGUGGAAAAUCUUUCCGAGCUCAAAAACUAGAUCCUGGAACAUCGCGACAGCGGCAAACCAAAAUGACCCACUAUUUACUACCUGAGCCUGAUGGGAAUGAGCAGUCUUCCUCCAAAGUAAUGUUUAAAAAGAAGGGAGGUUGGAAAGCAGGUCCUGAGGGCACAUCUCAGGAGAUUCCCAAGUACAUAACAGCGUCCACCUUUGCUCAGGCCCGCGCUGCUGAAAUCAGCGCUAUGUUGAAAGCCGUGACUCAGAAGUCUUCCAAUUCACUGGUUUUCCAGACUCUGCCGCGGCACAUGAGACGAAGAGCCAUGAGCCACAAUGUCAAGCGCCUUCCGAGGCGGCUGCAGGAGAUUGCUCAGAAAGAGGCAGAGAAAGCAGUACAUCAGAAAAAAGAACAUUCAAAAAACAAAUGCCAUAAAGCUCGGAGAUGUCACAUAAACCGGAUGCUAGAAUUUAACCGUAGGCAGAAGAAGAACAUAUGGUUAGAAACUCACAUCUGGCAUGCCAAACGGUUCCACAUGGUCAAGAAGUGGGGCUACUGCCUUGGGGAGAGGCCAACAGUCAAGAGCCACAGAGCCUGCUACCGAGCUAUGACAAACCGUUGCCUCCUUCAGGAUUUAUCCUACUACUGUUGUUUGGAGUUGAAGGGUAAAGAGGAAGAAAUACUAAAGGCACUUUCUCCAAUGUGUAGCACAGACACAGGGUUGACUUUUGCAGCAGUUCACUGCUUGUCUGGGAAGUGCCAAGGUAGUCUCACGCUUUACCGGUCAAAUAAAUAUCCCCGAGACAUGCUGGGGCCUGUUACAUUCAUUUGGAAGUCUGAGAGGAGCCCUGGCCACACUCCUGAGAGCCGGCAGUUGUGGAUCUGGCUUCACCCAACUCUCAAACAGGGUAUUUUAGAGGAAAUAAAAGCAGCGUGCCAAUGUGUAGAACCCAUCAAAUCAACUAUCAGCAUCCCUGACCCCCUUCUGACACCAUCCCAAGAAGAAGGCCAAACUAAGCUGCCUGAUGAGAAAAUUGGCAAGAAAAGAAAAUGGAGAGAUGAUGGAGAAAAUGCUGAGCCAAUUAAAAAAUUUAUCGGGGAUGGAACCAGAGGUUCACACCAGCCUUAUUCUUGGAUCUCUCCAACCACAGGCAUUAUAAUCAGUGAUUUGACAAUGGAGAUCAACAGAUUCCGCCUGAUUGGUCCACUCUCCCACUCCAUCCUAACCGAGGCACUAAAAGCUGCUCCCGUCCACACUGAGGGAGAGGGCACAGAGAAGACACCUCACCAUUGGUGGGUUGAAACUUGUAAGAAUCCUGGUAGUGUUUCCCUUCACCACAGACAAGAAGCCAUUUUUGAAUUGUUGGGAGGAAUAACCUCACCAGCAGAAAUUCCAGCAGGUACUAUUCUGGGACUGACAGUUGGGGAUCCUCGAAUAAAUUUGCCUCAAAAGAGGUCCAAAGUUUUGCCCAAUCCAGAAAAAUGCCAAGAUGAGCAAGUUAGACAGCUGCUUCUGGAGGGUGUGCCUGUGGAGUGCACGCAGAGCUUUAUCUGGGACCAGGCUAUCUGUAAGAGUGUCACAGAGAAUAAAAUCUCCGAUCAGGAUUUAAACCGGAAGAGAAGCGAAUUACUGGUGCCUGGGUCACAGCUUCUUUUAGGUCCCCACGAAUCCAAGAUCCCUCUACUUUUGAUUCAACAGCCGGGAAAAGUGACUGGUGACGACCGGCGAAGCUGGGGAAGUGGCUGGGAUGUCCUGCUCCCAAAGGGCUGGGGCAUGGCUUUCUGGAUUCCCUUUAUCUAUCGAGGUGCACGAGUGGGUGGAUUAAAAGAGACUCUAGUGCAUUCUCAGUAUCAAAGGUCACCUUGCGUCCCAGGUGAUUUCCCAGACUGCGCUGCGGGGAUUCUGUUUGCUGAAGACCAAGCUGAGAAUCUUCUUGAAAAGUACAAAAGACGCCCUCCUGCAAAACGGCCCAACUAUGUGAAGCUGGGCACUCUGGCACCGUUCUGCUGUCCCUGGGAGCAGUUAGCUCGAGACUGGGAAUCCAGAGUCCAGGCCCAGGAGAACAGCUUGAGAGACCAGGAGCCUUGUGCUUCCAUGCCUGGGCAAACCCGUCAGGUGCCUGGUGAAGUGGGCACAUCCCUACACGACUCCAGUGAGCCUGAGGUAGUAAUGGACACAGAGUGUCCAGCCCAGGCGGGGACUGAGGCGGUGUCGGGCCCGGAGGUCACUGGCAGACUCCCCUGUGUUCUUAGGAGCAGGACAUCGCUGAAGCAGCUGUCAGCCUGGUGUGGGCCCAGUUCUGGGGACGGUCGGGCAGCCCGGCGAGCUCCCGGCAGGGGGCAGCCCGAACUGACCCCCUCGGCCUGCCUGUCGCUCGUGGCCCGCUUCCCCAGGGCCCUGGUGUGGGUCAGCCUGGCCCUGCUCAGGAAGGGCAGCCCCGAGCCGCACACUAUGAUCUGUGUCCCAGCCAAGGAGGACCUCCUGCAGCUCAGUGGGGACCGACUCUACCGUGGGCCCCAGGAACCCAAGCACAGCGACCCCUUCAAGAGCAAGGUCCGGGAACAGAAAGAGACAAAGAGAAGAGAGAAGAGGCGGAGCCACGGGCCUGCUGCAGCAGAGGGCCUGACAGCGGGGGACCAGACAGCAGGGGACCAGACAGCCAGGGACCUGACAGCAGGACACCAAGCUCUGACCCUGGGCUUGUGGCCAGGCCCGCUCCCCGACCUGACUUCUCACUGCUCCCGAGUUCUCCUGGGCUUCGUCACGCAGGGAGACUUUUCCAUGGCCGUGGGCUGCGGGGAAGCCCUGGGGUUCGUGAGUUUGACGGGCUUGCUGGAUAUGCUGUCGGGCCAGCCCGCAGCCCAGAGGGGCCUGGUGCUGCUGAGGCCCCCCGCCUCUCUGCAGUAUCGGUUUGCGAGGAUCGCUGUUGAGGUGUGACUGCCAGUUUGCAUCCUUGCAGGGCACGGAUGGUAACUGUUGGCCAAGUCCCACAGUUGGAAAGUUUGGUUUUAGCUGUCUUCUGUUUUGAAAUGUCGUGUGGAACUCCUUGGAAACAAGAAUAAAAAAAUGAUUUGUUAUGCAAAUGGA